CUCAAACAUCCGCCUUGCGCCGCACGUUGUAAACAAAGCAACACUUCUGUCUCUGCCUCGACUUUUUUUUUGUGGACUUUUUGUUGUUGUUGUUGGGAAAUUCCCAUCGCCGGUGUGUUGAUCUCAGGACAUUUUGCGCAGAUAAUCCAGAGGCUCUGCAGCUCUUUGAAAUGGAUGACAUCCAGGUUGUUGAGUCCAAACCCCUGCUGGUUGACGGGGAACUACCGGGCUUGAGAGAGGCUGUGCUGCAGCUUGUCAUCAAGGAGACCGAUGUGGAGACUCCUUUUGGAAGAAUCCACUGCACAAUGAAGGGGGUCCCGAAGGGGGACCGACCAGUCAUCUUGACCUUCCAUGACAUCGGACUGAACCACAAAACCUGCUGGGACACGCUCUUCAACCACGAGGACAUGUCUGAGAUCAUGCAGCACUUUGCCGUGUGCCACGUCGAUGCCCCCGGGCAGCAUGAGGGAGCCAACACCUUUUCCACUGGAUACGAGUACCCUUCCAUGGACCAACUGUCUGAGACGCUCCCACUGGUGUUGAAGCACUUUGGGCUGAAGAGUGUUCUAGGAAUAGGCAUUGGAGCCGGGGCCUACAUCCUGACCAGGUUUGCUCUUGACUUCCCGGAAAUGGUGGAAGGACUGAUGCUCAUCAACAUCAACCCAUGUGCCGAGGGAUGGAUGGACUGGGCUGCACACAAGAUCAGCGGCUGGACCCAUGCCAUGCCUGACAUGAUCAUCACCCACCUCUUUGGAAAGGAGGAGAUCCACCACAACCACGACCUGAUCGGAACAUACCGCCAGCACAUCGCAAAUGAUAUGAACCAGUUCAACCUGCAUCUGUUUAUCAAGUCCUACGAAAGUCGGAGGGAUCUGGAGAUUGAGAGGCCGAUCCCUGGAGGCAUCUUCAGAACCCUCAAGUGCCCUUCACUGCUGGUGGUUGGCGACACCUCUCCUGCUGUGGAGGCCGUGGUUGAGUGCAACACCAAGCUGGACCCCACAAAGACCACGCUGCUGAAGAUGGCUGACUGUGGAGGGAUGCCUCAGGUUGACCAGCCGGCCAAACUGACCGAGGCUUUCAAGUACUUCAUUCAGGGCAUGGGAUACAUGCCCUCUGCCAGCAUGACCCGCCUGGCCCGCUCCCGCACGGCCUCCGGCUCCAGCGUCACCUCCUUCGAGGGCAACCGCUCCCGCUCGCACACGCACGACGGCAACCGCUCUCGCUCUCACACCAACGAGGGCAACCGCAGCCGCAGCCACACGACGGAGAACCAGCGCGGCCGCUCGCACACGGGCGGCUCCAUGGACGGCUCGGCCAACAGCAACGUGGACCAAGCCGUGCCCAAGUCGACCGAGGUGUCCUGUUGAGUGAACCGUCGCUCUUCAGCGCCCCCUGACCCACUCGUGGUUCCUUUGGCUUUGCUGCGGUGCCUCUAAUUCGACACACACACACAGAUGUGGAGAGGGGCAGUAAGAUGGCUUACCCGGUAAUUAAAAGGUCCGAGUGAACUGCCUGUUUAGUCAUUCUGAGGGAUUCUCACAUGUUAUGAUUCAUUUUGCUCCCUGGUUGUGUGUAUGUGUAGUUUGGGGGCACCGCGGUAUCUUGGGCCACCAGAGUAUGUUGGGAGAAAGUUGUGGCAGAGUACACCACCUUGUACAUGUGUGUCUCAUGCAUAUUAAAAAUGUUUAAUUUCUUCAUUCCUGCAUUCCCCAUUUUUACCGUAUUGACACAGCUGUCUUUAAUCUAGCUGACUGUAAAUGACUUGUAUUCUCACUGUAAUUGUUUAAUCAUUCUUUUUUUUUUUUUUUUUUUCUUCCAUGUAUGAAGUGUUGUCUGUGUGUGGGAGCAGAAUUGUAGAAUACGGAGGCACUUGAUUGAUUAAAAAUGCCAGAUUUCUCAAUUGUGAUAGACCUUUGAAAAUCAAGGGACACACAUUUUUAUACCGCAAAUAUUGAUUCACAAUGCCAAAAUAUAAUUUUCACAAACAUCA